AUGCCAUGCCCCGACACACCACCAAGGGGUAUAUCCAAGAGCGCCAACGAGGUCAAAGAAGAGUACGAUGACGUGAUCGCGACGGAGAAGACCGAAAGUAUGGAGGAAGGUACUAUGAGGAGUGAAGAAAAGGAGGAGCACCAUGGAAACUCUGCAAUAGUAUCAUCCGCAACUUCGUCAAUCCAUGAAGGCCAACACGAAAAUCACGAUUUGGAGGCCAUCGCUACUGUGUCUACCAACUCACCACCCUACUCUGUGUUCAGCAAAAAGCAAAAGUACUUGAUCGUGUUUCUUGCUGCGUGGGGAGGCUUCUUCUCGCCUCUAAGUGCAAACAUCUACUUUCCUGCUCUGACACAGCUGGCUGUUGAGUACAAUGUAUCAAGCACACUCAUGAACCUGACUCUUACGUCGUACUUGAUCUUUCAAGGAUUGGCUCCGACCAUCUUCGGAGAUUUUGCUGAUAUGGCUGGACGAAGACCGGCUUACAUUAUUGGCUUUAUCAUUUACAUUGGCGCUAAUAUUGGUCUUGCCCUUCAAAAUUCUUAUGGAGCCUUGUUCGUUCUUCGAUGCCUCCAGAGCUCUGGCAGCAGCGCCACUAUCGCCCUGGGAAAUGGCGUUGUUGCCGAUGUAGCUACAAGCUCUGAGCGCGGCACAUGGAUGGGCUACGUAACGAGUGGCCCAAUGGUUGCUCCAGCCAUUGCUCCCAUCAUAGGAGGUCUGCUUUCAGAGUUUUUAGGCUGGCGAGCUAUCUUCUGGUUCCUUGUCAUCAUGGCUGGCGUCUAUAUGGUACCGCUCAUCCUGAUCUUUCCCGAGACGGGUCGCAACGUUGUCGGAAACGGAAGCAUACCACCUCAGAGUUUCAACAUGUCUCUGCUCAGCUAUCUCAAAGUCCGCAAAUAUUCUAAAGCGCAUCGAACCAACGAGCUCACCAGAGCAGUAUCACGAGAGGAGCAGCAAGCCCUGGCCCGCAAGCGAAAACUUCGUAUUCCAAACCCGCUUGGAACGUUGAAGGUCAUCGCGCAAAAAGACGCAGGAUUGCUGUUAUUCUACAACAGCCUUGUAUACACGGCAUUCUACACCGUCAUAUCUUCUGCUCCAUACCUUUUUGAGGAAAUCUACGGGUUCAACGACCUGCAGAUCGGCCUAUCAUUCAUCCCUUUCGGCGUUGGUGCCAUGAUCGCUCCAAUGACAGCCGGAAAAUUGAUGGACUGGAACUAUCGCCGCCUUGCAAAAAAGGGCGGCUUCCGCAUUGACAAAAAACGAGGAGACGACCUGAAGGACUUUCCAUUGGAGCAAGCUCGACUUUACAUCGCUAUCCCUAUGCUUGUGGUAGGAAUACUUGUUACUCUCUGCUACGGCUGGGUUCUCCACGUCGAGCCUUCGCUGGCGGCGCCUCUGGUCUUGCACUUCUUCCUUGGUCUCUGUCUUACGGGCGCCUUCAACUGUAUGAGCGUCAUGCUCGUUGAUUACUACCCGCUGAGUCCUGCCACUGCCACCGCGGCUAACAAUCUUGUGAGAUGUCUCAUGGGUGCAGGAGGUACGGCUGUUAUUACCUUGAUGAUCGAUGCCAUGGGCAGAGGAUGGUGCUUCACGUUCGUUGCCGGAGUCAUUGCAUUUUUCAGUCCUAUCCUAUGGGUACUGAUGAAAUGGGGCCCAAAAUGGAGGAACGAACGCAGAUUGAAGAUGGAAGCGCAGGCGAACGCUUGA